AUGAAUACCACAUCGAGUUCAGAGCAGCAGAUUUCUUCGGCGCCUACACAGCUUCUGCAGUCGCGUGAGACGGGGGACCUGGGGCCUCCGCAGACCAGAUAUGCGGCUUCGUUAGCGACGAAGCCUGCGCCCGUGGCAAAGUCGUGGGCGCAUUUUGUCGCCGGGGGCGUAGGAGGAAUGAGCGCAGCAGCGCUGACUGCACCCCUCGAUGUCCUCAAGACGCGUCUCCAGUCCGAUUUCUACCAGGCGCAGCUCGCGCAAACCCGACUCGCAAAGGGCAUCUCGCCGCACGCACAUCUCUCCGCCGUCCGCAGCGGCCUGCUACAUUUCCGCGAGACGUUUCAGAUACUAGGUUCGGUGCAUAGGAUCGAGGGCUGGAGGGCGCUGUUCAAGGGUUUGGGACCGAACCUGGUUGGCGUGGUUCCCGCGCGGUCCAUCAAUUUCUUCGUGGUCGGGAACGGGAAGAGGAUUAUUGCAGACUAUGGGAAUAAUGGGAAGGAGUCUGCUUGGGUGGUUCUUUGUGCUGCAGCAGCGGCUGGUAUAGUCACUUCGACGGUCACAAAUCCCAUUUGGCUGAUCAAGACGAGGUUACAGCUGGACAAGACCGUGGUGGAGAGGACGGGUGGCGUGGCCCAGAGGAGGUACAAGAACUCCUGGGACUGUAUAAAACAGGUUGUGAGACAGGAGGGCAUUCGGGGCUUGUACAAGGGGAUGAGUGCGAGCUAUCUGGGGGUUACGGAGAGCACGCUUCAGUGGGUGCUUUAUGAGCAGAUGAAGAAAUCUCUGGCGGAGCGGGAAGAGAGGAUCAUUGUCAGUGGGAGACCGAAGACUUGGUGGGACAAUACGGUGCAGUGGACGGGAAAUGUAGGAGCCGCUGGGAGUGCCAAACUCGUUGCGGCUCUCGCAACCUACCCUCACGAGGUCGCGCGAACCCGUCUCCGUCAAGCGCCGACAGAAAACGGUCGACCCAAAUACACCGGCCUCAUCCAGUGCUUCAAGCUGAUAUGGAAAGAGGAAGGCAUGGUGGCCAUGUAUGGCGGGCUCACACCUCAUCUUCUGAGGACGGUUCCCAGCGCUGCCAUCAUGUUCGGAAUGUACGAGGGGAUCUUGAAGCUUUUGCACACACCGGAAUAG